AUGAAGAAUUUUGUUCCAGUGCUGGCGCUCGCCGCCGGCGUGACGGCUACAUUCGACCGGGCACCCCCUUUCACCUGCCCGUCCAACACGGACAACAAGUGUACCGAGAAGCAGCUUCCCGGCUUCAGUUGGCUCGAUCUGAACUUUGGCGACUUCAGCCAGUACGGCGACUUCAACUUCAGGGGCUGGAAGUGUGAGGAGGAUGCUCAGGCCAAGAAGUCCCGGUUCGCUCCUCGCACCUUCGGUAAGAAGGUGAUUGGCGGCACGUGCCACUCGGAGAAGCACAAGUCGCCGUCUUUUGGCUGCGGAGCCAACAUCGACAAGUUCUCUCUGGGAUCCAUCCACGUCAAGCCCGAGUUCGACUGCGAUCUCGAGUUCCACUAUGAUAUGCCGGAUGGGUCGACUUGCAAGCACCGGAGCCGCUGCAGCAAGUCCGGCACCACCGUGCGCAACAGCCAGUGUGGUGGCGCCAAGAACGUGACCAUUGUCUUCCCUCCUCAGCCCAACAAGCCCAAGCCGAGCUGCAGCAUCCAGGUCCCGACCAUCUCCUUUGACUGCAGCACUGCGCAGACCACCAAGACCAGGACUAGCAAGACCAAGACCAAGACCAAGACCACCGAGGCGCUGACCACCACUGCUCCCGCUGUCGGGACCACGACUACCUCGGAAGCCGAGGCCUCGUCGACCAGCACCAGCCCUGCCGAGACCAUCAGCUCCGUCGCCCCUGGCAGCACCAGCACCUCGGAGGCUCCUCAGGUCACCAGCACUGCUUCUGUUCCCGGCGCGGAGAGCUCCACCGCCACCGUGCCUGGCCAGGAGAGCAGCACCAAGCCGGCUGAGGGCAGCAGCACCAGCGAGGCCCCUGCCACCAGCUCUCCCGUCACCAAGACCGUCACGACCAGCUACGACAGCACGUCUACCAUCUUCACGACCAGCAUUCAGACCAUCACCUCGUGCGCGCCCACCGUCACCAACUGCCCGGCCAACUCUGUGACUACCACCAUCGUCACGAUUCCCGUGUCGACCACCAUCUGCCCUGUGACUGAGACUCAGACCAUCAUUGAGAGCAGCCCGGUCACCGUCCCUGGCUCUGGCCCCUCUGCCUCUGCCUCCGUCUCCAUCCCUGGCUCUGGCCCCUCUGGCUCCGCUUCUGUCUCCGUCCCUGCUCAGGAGAGCAGCACCAAGCCGGCUCAGGGUGACAGCACCAGCGAGGUCUCCCCUGCCACCAGCUCUCCCGUCACCAAGACCAUCACGACCAGCUACGACAGCACGUCUACCAUCUUCACGACCAGCAUUCAGACCAUCACCUCGUGCGCGCCCACCGUCACCAACUGCCCGGCCAACUCGGUGGUCACCACCAUCGUCACCAUUCCUGUCUCGACCACCAUCUGCCCCGUCACGGAGACCCAGACGGUUGUUGAGAGCAGCCCGGUCACUGUCCCUGGCUCCGGCCCCUCUGGCUCUCCCUCUGCCUCGACCCCUGUGGCCGGUGGCAGCAGCAGCAGCGCUGUCAGCUCGGUCGCCCCUGUGGAGACCCUCCCUUGCCCCGGCGUUGUCCCGUCCUGCCUGAACACCUUCCUGUUCACCACUGGCUGCUCGUCCAACACCGAUGCCGAGUGCUACUGCCCUGACGCCACCUUCGUCAAGAACGUCUACGACUGCCUCUACGCCCACGGCGAGACCGAUGAGAUCGUUGCCGAGGCCAUUGCCUACUUCCAGGGCAUCUGCGGCAAGUUCGUCAACGACAACCCGGCCAUCGUCACUGGCCCCUCUGUCACCUCCUACAUCACCGUGACGGCCACCCCCACCGCUGCCGUGCCCGUGACCACCGUCGUUGUUGACGUGACCACUGUCGUGCCCUGCACCAACGACGCCGGCGAGGUCAUCCCGAGCUCCAGCACCACCGUCACUGUCAGCACCAGCAUGACUGUGCCCCAGAUUGGCUUCACCACUGCCCCGGCUGGCGGCGUCGAUGUCAUCCCCAUCACCUCCGCCCCUGCUGCUCCCGGCAGCGGCUCUGGUGCUGAGACCUCUGCCCUGGCUCCCGUCCCCGGUGCCCAGACCUCCGUUCCCGCCGGCGGCGCUGGUGGCGCUGUUACCACUGCUCCUGCCGCCACUGCCCCUGGCGCCGGCAGCAGCGUCACCGUCCCCACCGGCACCGGCUCGCUCCGCCCUAGCGCCAGCAGCCCUGUCGUCAUUGCCGGCAGUGGCCGUGUCGGCGCCAGCUUCGGUCUGGCCGCUGUCGUGGCCUUCGUCGCUGCCGUUGCCCUCUAA